GCUGCGUGGCUGUUCAGGAUGACAGCGCUUUGUGGCUGCGCCCCGUCGUAACGCCUCUAAAAAGGCUUCGGCUUGGUGGCGUUCAGCAGAUCUCCUUCAAAUGGAGGAGAGAAGGAAAAAAAAAAAAUCGCAUCCCAGUAUUUCCUCGCAGGAAACGCUGUCCCGAAGGGCCCCUUCCGGCUCUGACAGCGGGCACGGAGCGCCGGCUGCUUUGUGGGAGCGCAGCAGCGCUCUGCCCUAUGGAGAAACACGGACUCGUUUGUUACACAGAUGCGGAACGAAUAUGGUAUCAAGUUUUCGUGUUUCUGAACUUCAAGUAUUGUUGGGCUUUGCUGGGCGUAAUAAAAGUGGACGGAAACAUGACCUCCUAAUGAGGGCUCUGCACUUACUGAAGAGUGGCUGCAGCCCAGCAGUGCAGAUAAAAAUCCGAGAACUCUAUAGGCGUCGGUACCCAAGGACGAUUGAAGGACUUUCAGACUUAUCAGCUAUAAAGCCUGCGGUUUUCAAUCUGGAUAGCAGUUCUUCUCCCGUGGAGCCUGACCUGGCUGUUGCUGGCAUUCACCCGCUCCCUUCGACUUCGGUCACACCUCAGUCUCCGUCCUCACCCGUCAGCUCUGUGCUCCUUCAGGACACUAAGGCCCACUUUGAGAUGCAGCAGCCAUCACCUCCCAUCCCACCUGUCCAUCCCGACGUCCAGCUGAAGAGCUUGCCUUUUUAUGAUGUGCUUGAUGUACUCAUAAAGCCUACAAGUCUAGUACAGAGCAGUAUUCAACGAUUCCAAGAAAAAUUUUUUAUCUUUGCUUUGACACCUCAGCAGGUCAGAGAAAUCUGUAUUUCCAGGGACUUCUUGCCGGGGGGCAGGAGAGAUUACACCGUCCAGGUUCAGCUAAGGUUAUGCCUAGCAGAGACCAGCUGUCCUCAAGAAGAUAAUUACCCUAAUAGUUUGUGCAUUAAAGUGAAUGGGAAGCUGUUUCCAUUGCCGGGAUAUGCUCCACCACCGAAAAAUGGGAUCGAACAGAAGCGACCUGGGCGCCCCUUGAAUAUAACCUCUCUAGUUAGGCUGUCAUCAGCAGUGCCGAACCAGAUUUCCAUUUCCUGGGCUUCUGAAAUUGGAAAGAGUUACUCCAUGUCUGUGUAUCUUGUUCGUCAGCUCACUUCAGCUAUGCUUUUGCAGAGGUUAAAAAUGAAAGGGAUCAGAAACCCUGAUCAUUCCAGAGCGCUAAUUAAAGAAAAACUAACAGCAGAUCCUGACAGUGAGAUUGCCACCACCAGUCUGCGGGUGUCUCUGAUGUGCCCUCUGGGCAAAAUGAGACUGACAAUCCCGUGCCGGGCUGUCACUUGCACACACCUGCAGUGUUUUGAUGCUGCUCUCUAUCUCCAAAUGAAUGAAAAGAAGCCCACCUGGAUCUGUCCUGUCUGUGACAAAAAGGCAGCUUAUGAGAGCCUGAUACUAGACGGACUCUUUAUGGAAAUCCUUAAUGAAUGUUCAGAUGUGGAUGAGAUUAAAUUCCAGGAAGAUGGUUCCUGGUGCCCUAUGAGGCCUAAAAAGGAUGCUGUUAAAGUCUCAAGUCCACAGUGCACCAAAAUAGAAAGUUCCAGUGUUGUUAGCAAACCGUGUUCUGUGACGGUGGCCAGUGAGGUAAACAAGAAGAAAGUUGAUGUUAUUGACUUGACUAUAGAAAGCUCUUCUGAUGAAGAGGAAGAUCCUCCAGCCAAAAGGAAGUGCAUAUUCAUGUCUGAAACGCAAGGAAGCCCAACCAAAGGGGUUCUUAUGUAUCAGCCAUCCUCUGUCAGAGUGCCCAGUGUGACGACGGUUGAUACAGCUGCUAUUCCUCCGUCGUUAACAGACUACCCUGUGCCAUUCCACCACCCACCAAUGUCCAGCAUUUCCUCAGACUUGCCAGGUUUGGAUUUCCUUUCACUAAUUCCAGUUGAAUCACAGUACUGUCCUCCUAUGUUUUUGGAUAGUCUCACCUCAACCUUAACAAGCAACACACCUGGCAGCAUCAUCACAUCGACCAGUCACCACGAGAGCAACACACACGUUAGCUCCUCCAACAGGAGCGAGACGGGAGUUAUAACCAGCAGCAGCGGCAGUGCUCCUGACAUCAUCUCACUGGACUGAAACAAGAGGCAGCAUUGGAACUCCAGGAGAAAUUGCACACAGCUGCUGCUUGUAUCUCUGGAACUUCAGCAUCUCUGAGGUUACUCUGAUAUUUAUUGAAAGGAUCUGCCUUCUGGAAAAUGAAGUAAUCAUUUACAGUAGGGACAGAAGUGAUAGUACUUCUUUUUUUCUUGUUUAUUAAGUAGUUGGUAUAGGAAAGGCCCCUUCAGAACAUGCGUUUUGUGCUUCCGCAUUGUUCUGGGGAAACUGACGUGUUGUUGUUGGAUGGAUACAACAAAUGUUUUAUUUUGAGGGUGAAAGAGCACAGGCAGCCCAGACAGGUGAUGGAAUCUCCUUCUCUAGAGAUACUCGAGGCCUGCCUGGAUGCUUUCCUGCUUGACCUUCUGUAGGGAACUGCUUUAGCAGGGGGUUGGAUUAACUGAUCUCAAGGUCCCUUCCAACCCCUGUGAUUCUAUGAUUUGUUGUAAAACAGCAAUAAUGUAAAAACAAACUUUUUUUUUUUUUUUAAUAAAAAAGGCACUUAACCACUCUUAAAAAAAAAAAAAAAAAAAAAAAAAAAACAACAACAACCUGGAAAAUGGUGCAAAGGUAGAUGGUGAAUUUUUAAUAUUUUCACUGGGGCCGGUAAUGAACUUCAUUUAAGACAAUGAAGCUUUGUGAAAUAGCCAUGACUUCACUUCUAUGUUUUGUGACCCCCACUUUCCCCUUGCCUGGGAUGGAUGGGAAGGGGCUGUAAGUGGAGUUUUUUUUUCUUUAGAUUUCACGUUCUUCACAAACUUAACACUCCUAACUGUGACGACUUCAUGUUUUUUUGAGCUGGGGAUGGGCAAGCUAUCUAUGCAAACCUUGCAUUGUACAACCUCUCUGUGCUGCCAUGUUAGGGUGGGACACUUCUCCCACCACCAAAACCCCAAACCUAUGCACAGUUGGGACAUAGCUGAGUUUCUGAUUUGAUAACUUUAAGAGAUGACAAAGCUUUUCCUUGCUUUAAAGUACCUGGUGUCUUUCUCUGCCACCACCAGCUCUGCCCUAAAUGCACCAGUGAGGUGUCUGCUUCCUAUGGCACUUGUAAGGAGAGAGCACAUUGCUGAUUUCUCCAGUGCAGAAUUGUUUUGUGGGAUGCCAUGCCCACACCUUUGCCACUUUGGCUGCAUUCUGCUUGGGCAUACUGCAGUCUGGCUUGCCAUGGUGUAAGUAUUCUUUCUUGGAGCAAAACAGCUGUAGCUGCAUACUGCUCCCACUUGACUCGAACUACAGAGGUUGCUCUGAAAGUAAUGCUUCCUACUUAUUUCCAUGGAAAUGAGAACAGAUAUGAAGACACAGUUACGCUAUUUGAACAGAGCAUGGUCUCGGCUACAAAACACUUUUUCAGCAGUCACUUCUGUUAGUUAGCUCUGUAUUUUCAGCAGUGAUGAACGAGUGCCUGUAUGCUGUGCUCAUAAAUGAACAUCAGUGGGUGUCUUUUUUUUUUUUUUUUUUUUUUAACAUGUAAGAACUCAGUUCCACACCUUUGCUUCAUAAACACUUCCCUGUCAAAUGCCAUUCUGUUGGACUGCCCCUUUGCUGCCAUCUGUUGCAUGGUGACCAAAUGGAAUAUUGGUGGGAAAGCCCAGCGUCUACUUGUCACCAUCAUCUGCCUUGGACUUCGUGGGCCGACAUUGUGAAAUAAGAGGCAUUACUUUUGGAGCAGCCCUCGUAUGUUCACAGCUGAAUGAUGCUUUGUCCCACCGCAGAACUGCCAUGACCAGAAGGCCACGUUACCAGAUGGAAAUAACCUCCUCUUCUGCUGUGCUGCCUUGUUCAGUGUGUGGGGCACAGCCCUGCACGUUUCUGGGGAUAACGCAGGCAGUGCCGUACGUGGAAGAGGUUACAGACCAGGAAAAUCAUUUCCGUACUGCUGGAAUAAUGGUAUUGUCUGUAUAUGUUGACAUAGCAACUUUUCCAAGUGUUGUUUCUCUGUUGAGUAACUGUAUUUGAGAUUACUCUUUCCCUACUUCCAGCAUUCAUUUUUCCCUAAUUUUGUUUCACGCUUGCUUUCUCUCAUCAAAUGUCUGGUGCUUUUUUGCCUUUCAGUACUGUUACAGUAUUUGAACUAAGCAUAUGGAUAAGAAAUGUUGAAGCAGGAUAUACUGUACCUCGUCUGCUCUGUACUCUCAUCAUUAAUGCCGCGCUGCUGUUUUUCAUUGCUUUUUUGUAUCAUCUUUCACACCAAUCCUCAAUUCACCCAUUGGUCUUAAUAUUACGCCCAUUUUCUUCUCCUUUCCUUACCUGUUAAUUUUUUGUAUCUGUUAAGGAUCAGUUUUUAGCAUGAUUUAUUUCUAAUAAAGCCACGCUGCUCAUGAAGUGUUUUUUAAUGGCUUGCAGCUGGUCGGUGCUCUCUGCAUCACAAUUGCACAGUAAAUGAGCUAGGAGUGGGGGGAGGCUCGAGAGCCCUUGUGAAUAAACUGCUUAAAACUUA